AUGUCCCUCCCGCAGCGGCCUGGGGCGUCCUCGUCCUCGCCCAGCCAGCCGUCCUUCCGCGACUCCUACCAGCGCCGGCGGCCUGACAUCGAGUCCCCCAGCCCGUCGCCCUCGCCCACACCCGCCGGCGAGCUCGGUCGCAAGCGCAGUCUCGUCCGUCCAGAGCGCCACAGGAUCAGCCGUGACCAUCCAAACUACCACUACCGCCAGCAUGCUCAGAACAUGUCCGUAUACCCGUCCACCACGGGCAACGACCCCGUCUACGAGGAGCAGUCCGAGGGCGGCGGACCGGACCUUGUUGACACCUCUGAGACAGUGAGCUCCGGCAGCACGGGGCUCAAGAGCCUCACCAAGCCCGAGAGGAACACCACCAGUCUCGAACGGAACCCCAGCAUCGACGUCAACUCGAUUCCCUCUACCACUGGAGGAGGCGGAGGCGGAGUACCGCCAGCCCCGUCUUCCCGUCCAACAGGCGCCGGUGGUGCUAACAGACAGCAUGGUUUGGACUCCCAGCGCCGUGUGCAGCGGAAGCUCUCUCGCAAAGCCUCCAAGUCGACCAAGGAGGAACGCAGGCUGGAGGAGAAGAGACGCCAGGAGAUGGACAACAUCAAGCCGCCCAGCCUGUGGAACGUCUACUGCGGCAUGGUCACGUUCUGGGCCCCGGACUUUAUCCUCAAGUGCUUUGGCAUGCCGGCCAAGGCCCAGCGGAGAGCAUGGAGAGAGAAGGUGGGCCUCAUCAGCUUGAUCCUGCUCAUCUGCGGCUUCGUUGGCUUCCUCACCUUCGGAUUCACCCAGGUCGUCUGUGCGGCUCCUCCCGUCCGUCUCAAGGUCAACGAGGUCGACCAGGGAUACAUGAUCUUCCAUGGACGCGCCAUCAACCUCGCCAGCUCCCGCCAUCCAGCCGUCCUCGGUUUGCCGGACGCAUCUGUCGUCGUCUUCUCCGGUGACGGGUACGGCGGCCAGGACGGCAGCUUUCUCUUCCAGAACGUCAAUGGCGCAUGCAAGGGCAUGAUCACCCCCAAGGCAGGCUCAGACAUCCCUACCAACAGCGACGGCGACAUGGGAUGGUACUUCCCCUGCGUCACCUUCAACCAGGACGGCUCGUCAAAGCCAAACUUCACCACUCCAGAGUACCUCGGAUACAAGUGCCAUACCUCUGCCACAGCCCGUGAGGCCUUCUACGACCUCUACGCUACGGGUGAGGUCUACUUCUCCUGGGAUGACCUCAAGAACAAGAGCAGGAACCUGCUCGUCUACUCUGGCAAUGUCCUCGAUCUCGACCUGCUCAAGUGGUUCAACACUAGCGAGGUCUCCUACCCGUCUCGCUUCGACCAGCUCCGUGAGAGCGAGGAGCUGCGCGGUAUUGACGUCACCCACCGUUUCCAGACCGGGCCCGAGAAGAGGAUGUUCAAGUGUCUGACCCAGAUCAUCAAGGUCGGCUCCAUCGACACCGAGACCGUCGGAUGUAUCGCCUCCAAGGUCGUGCUCUACAUCUCCCUCAUCUUCAUCUUGUCCGUCGUCGUCGUCAAGUUCCUCCUUGCCCUGGCCUUCCAGUGGUUCCUUGCCCGCCGAUUCGCAGCUCCCAAAACAGCCAUGGACCCCAGCUCCAAAGAACGGAAACGCCAGAUCGAAGACUGGAGUAACGACAUCUACCGUCCCGGCCCCCGUCUCGCUGAUCCGGCCAUGCCUGACCGCUCCAGCAAGCGUGGCUCUACCAUCUUCCCGACUACCUCGCGUUUCUCCAGCCCCUAUGUCGUCGGCACAAACAAGCAGCGAAACACCAUCACCACCAUGUCCAGCCAGAAUAACACCAACCGUCUCAGCGCAGCGCCAAUGUACAAGCUUAGCGGCAACCCGAGCCAGGGAACCCUCAGCGCCGACCCCCGACACAGUCUCGUUGGCAGCCGUACCAGUCUCAUGGUCCCCGGCCAUGACCACCGCCACUCUACCAUCAGCGAUAUCGAGGGUCAGGGCCCUGCCGAGUUCGUCCACGAGGCCGUCGUGCCACAGCCUCCACCGGAGUGGCAGCCGUUUGGCUACCCACUGGCCCAUACCUUGUGUCUAGUUACCGCUUACUCGGAAGGUGUUGAAGGAAUCCGCACCACUCUGGACUCAAUUGCCCUGACGGACUACCCCAACAGCCACAAGACUAUCCUUGUCAUCUGUGACGGUAUCAUCAAGGGUAAAGGCGAGAGCAUUUCCACCCCAGACGCCGUGCUCAGCAUGAUGGGCGACCACGCCGUGCAUCCAGACGACGUCCAGCCCUUCUCCUACGUUGCUGUGGCCUCCGGCUCAAAACGUCAUAACAUGGCCAAGAUCUACGCUGGAUUCUACUCUUACGGCCCAGAUUCCAUCGUCCCAAUCGAGAAACAGCAGCGUGUGCCCAUGAUGGUGGUCGUCAAGUGCGGAACCCCCGAGGAAGCCAACAAGAGCAAGCCCGGAAACAGAGGAAAACGAGACAGCCAGAUCAUCCUCAUGUCCUUCCUUCAAAAGGUCAUGUUCGACGAGCGAAUGACCGAGCUCGAAUUCGAGAUGUUCAACGGUCUCUGGAAGAUCACCGGCAUUUCCCCUGACUUCUACGAGGUCGUCCUCAUGGUCGACGCAGACACCAAGGUCUUCCCGGACAGUCUCACCCACAUGCUCUCGGCCAUGGUGCGCGACCCAGAUAUCAUGGGCCUCUGUGGCGAGACCAAGAUCGCCAACAAGGCCGACAGCUGGGUCACCAUGAUCCAGGUGUUCGAAUACUUCAUUUCUCACCACUUGUCGAAAUCCUUUGAGUCCGUCUUCGGAGGUGUCACCUGUCUUCCCGGCUGUUUCUGCAUGUACCGCAUCAAGGCUCCCAAGGGCGGCCAGAACUACUGGGUACCCAUCCUCGCUAACCCGGACGUCGUCGAACACUACUCCGAAAACGUCGUGGACACGCUGCACAAGAAGAAUCUCCUCCUCCUAGGUGAGGAUCGAUACCUGUCGACUCUCAUGCUCCGAACCUUCCCCAAGCGUAAACAAGUCUUUGUUCCCCAGGCAGUAUGCAAGACCACCGUUCCCGACAAAUUCUCCGUGCUGCUCUCCCAGCGUCGACGAUGGAUUAACUCUACCGUACAUAACCUAAUGGAACUCGUUCUCGUCCGCGACCUCUGCGGCACAUUCUGCUUCAGCAUGCAAUUCGUCGUCUUCAUGGAACUCGUCGGAACCCUCGUUCUCCCCGCCGCCAUCGCAUUCACCUUCUACGUCGUAAUCAUCUCCAUCGUCAGAAGCCCCGUUCAAAUCAUCCCUCUCAUCCUCCUGGCCCUGAUUCUCGGUCUCCCUGCAGUUCUUAUCGUAGUCACCGCCCACCGCCUGUCAUACGUGCUUUGGAUGUUUAUAUACCUCCUCUCCCUGCCCAUCUGGAACUUCGUUCUGCCCACUUACGCAUACUGGAAGUUCGACGAUUUCAGCUGGGGAGAUACUCGAAAGACGGCAGGCGAAAAGACCAAGACUGCUGGAAUAGAGUAUGAGGGAGAAUUUGAUAGUAGCAAGAUCACCAUGAAGAGAUGGAGGGAUUUCGAAAAAGAACGCCGGCUUCGAAACGCAAACACAGCCAGUCACCAUCACACGAAUUCCUCGUUCUCCAACUAUGCUCAUAAUUCCGUGUAUGGUGGGUACUCCGACUACCAAUGA